CAUUGGCAGGCAAAGGAGAAGAACCCAACAUAAAGCACCUCACAAGGUGCAGUGAGCCACUUUUAACCCUGGCCCAGCCUUCGCCAGGACACCAGGGCAGCUGUGCCGUGGGCUGAAGGGCCGGGUGUUGGGCUGACAUGCCUGUGACGCGCUCUGGCGCCUGUGACAUCACAGGGGACGAGUCCCCACGGGGCGGUUAUCAGGGGCGCCAGCAGCAGCGCUGCCCCAGUCCGGCCUGGGCCAGCGGUGAGUGCGCAGGCGGGGGGAGGCCGGGCUGGACGGGGCCGGGGCAGAAAUGCGGCCCCCGGGGGUGGGUUCUCGCCCUGCAUGGAGGGCCCGGCCGCUCGCGGGAGCACCUCAGGCAGGGCACGGAGCUGCCACCGCCGGGGCUGGCGCAGCCCUUGCUGCCUCCCAGCCGCCUCGGCCCCACUCCCGCCUGCCCCCAGCUCCCUGCGGCCCCCGGCUCCGUUCCCCCUGCUGCCAGCUCCCUGCCUCCCAUCCAGCCCCGCUGACCCCCUUCUCUCUCUUCUCCUGCAGGCCAUGGCUUUCAAGGACGUUAUCGUCAACCUUUUGCGAAUUCUAAUCCAGAAUGUGCAGUUGGUUGGCUAUGAACUGGAUGAGGAGACGCGCGAGCGCAUGAAGCAGCGCGAGGAGAUGCUGAACCGGGAAAUGGCUCGGCUGUGGCAGGAGAUAGAGCAGAGGGACCAGGAGCUGAGGGACCAGGAGCUGAGGAAGCAGGAGAAGAGCGUCUCUGCCUGGGCAUCCCUGUUCCUCGCUGCCUUGCAGCACUGGCAGUUCUGGGCUGUUGCUGGAGGCCUGGUGCUGCUCUUUGGGCUCUGCUGGUGGCUCAGGAAAAGGAGCCAUCAGACAGCCAGCAAACAGACGGCCAGCAGCAGCGAGGACAAUUCCAAACUGGACGUGGACAAGAAGGAGGAAGAAGAAGAUCUCAGUAUUGCACUGAAUGUGGGCAGAAUUUCGGCCCAGCGCCUCCUGGAUGUGCCGGAAUCAUUCACAAUGGUGGCAGAGCUGGUGGAUGAACUUCUCCGUACAUGCCGAAAGCUUUCCAGGAAUGCUUUCGUGCCACGACCAAGGCCCGCCAUCUCAGUGGGCAACGACAUUGAUGGUAUGAGUCAGCGUGAGGAUCAAGCUGCCUACCACCUGCUCGUGCCCCUGAAGCCCCCCCGUGGGCACUCCUUCCACCUGGAGAUGGACACCGUGGAGGCGAUGCCGGCGAGGAAGUCCAGGCUCCGCGUGGAGCUGGAGUGCACCUGCAGGAGGGAGGACAUGCUGUGCUUCCUGCACUGCUGCAAGGAGGAGCUGAGGCAAAAUCAGAGUGCCAGCCUCCUAGACACCCUGUGCACUGGCCACCGCCUGGACAUGGAGAAAACCACCCGCUGGUUCCAGAUACUGGUGAAAGCAGCCUGGGUGGUUUUGCCUCAGUCCGCACACCGGCGUCUAACAGUGCUGCCCUCCAGGCGCUCCUGCAAGCUCCGGCUGACCGACCGUUCCUCUAACACCCUCCUGAUUGAGGUGAUGUUUGGGGUGCAGCAAGAUGGCUCGGACACCGUCCUGAGCAUCGAGUAGGCGCAGGCCAGUGUUGGCAGCAGCAGGAGCGGCCAGAGGACAGUGCUACGGCAGAGGUGCAGUUCUUCAGGAACAGGGCCAGGCUUGAAGACGCUGAAGAGACCGUUGCAAGCAGGCUCGUGACAGAGACUCUGUUACCAGCUGGACAGUGACCACCCGCACUCUUUGACACAGUCCAUUCCCUUCCUUCUGGGACCUUUCCUCUGUUCAAAGCUGCCAAUAAACGUUGUGUUUGGACAAACACUGUGUCUGCCUGCAUCAGGAUUUUUGGGAAGGUGGGCAUGGGUUGCUGGCAGCUCAGCUGCCAUACAGCUGCUCAGUCACUUUCCCCAGUGGCAGGGCGGAGAGAAUCAGAAAGCUAAAGUGGGAAAAAUUGAGGGUUGGUCUAAGACAGUUUAGUAGGUAAAGCCAGAGCCACACGCCCAAGCAAAGCAACCGAAAGAAUUAAUUCUCUGCUCCCCUGGUGUGCUGCUCAGAUCUGUCUUUUUGGGAAGUGUUCUGCCUCUGUGGAGCUUGGGUUGGCACCGGUGAGGCUGCACCUUGAACAUUGUGCUCAGUUUUGGGCCCCUCACUACAAGAAAGACCUUGAGGUGCCAGAGGGCGUCCAAGAAGAGCAGAGA